CAUCGUUCGCUGUCAGUCAGGUUAAGUUUUUCUUACCGACAACAACACCGUCUCGCUAGCUUCUGCUGCUCCCAUCCUGUGUUUGUUGGAUUCCUUCUCUGUGAAAAUAAUAGGAUUGUUUUCUCCAUUAUCACCUCUCGGUUGGCUCUUGUGAUAAGAUUACGAUUGGCGGUGGUGUGUGCAAUCUGCGUGGUACAUUUGUGUGCAAUUCUGUUUAACUUAUUCGGUGCUUACAUAACGCUAUCGGGUCAUUCCCGUUCCGCUGCAAGUACAAAAGCCGGUGUUCGAAGGCCCGGACGAUUCAGUGUAGUGUAGGACUGUUGUGCGUGAUUUGUGUGCGGUAGUUGAUUUAACGUUUGAGGAGGAAAGAAACCCAUUAGGAACGGCAAGAUGUCUCGCAACCCGGCUGAGAACCAACUGAACCUGUUCAAGGAGGCCCAGAAGGACAAAUCCGUGGCAACUACCGGCAAUGGUGCUCCAUUGGGUACCAAAACGGCCACUGCUACCGUUGGCGAACGGGGCCCUGUGGUGCUGCAGGAUGUCCACUUCCUCGACGAGAUGUCCCACUUCGACCGUGAGCGUAUUCCGGAACGUGUUGUGCACGCCAAGGGUGCAGGUGCUUUCGGAUACUUCGAGGUAACUCACGAUAUCACCCAGUACUGUGCGGCCAAAGUGUUCGAAAAGGUCGGCAAGAAAACUCCACUUGCCGUGCGUUUCUCCACUGUUGGUGGUGAAAGCGGAUCGGCCGAUACCGCUCGUGAUCCACGUGGUUUCGCCGUAAAAUUCUACACCGAUGAUGGUGUGUGGGAUUUGGUCGGAAACAACACUCCGAUCUUCUUCAUCCGCGAUCCAAUUCUGUUCCCCAGCUUCAUCCACACCCAGAAACGUAACCCAGCUACUCACCUGAAGGAUGCCGAUAUGUUCUGGGACUUCAUCUCCCUGCGUCCGGAAACCACCCAUCAAGUGAUGUUCUUGUUCGCUGAUCGUGGUAUUCCUGAUGGCUACCGGUUCAUGAACGGCUAUGGAUCCCACACCUUCAAGCUUAUCAAUGCUGAUGGAAAGCCGGUGUACUGUAAGUUCCACUUCAAAUGUAAUCAAGGUAUCAAAAACUUGGAAGCCAGACGAGCUGAUGAACUUGCUGGAUCUGAUCCUGACUAUAGCAUUCGGGAUCUGUACAACGCAAUCGCCAAGGGUGAGUACCCAAGCUGGAAUUUGAAAAUCCAGGUUAUGACAUUCGAACAAGCUGAGCAACAUAGCUUCAACCCGUUCGAUGUAACUAAGGUCUGGCCACAGAAUGAGUUCCCAUUGAUUCCGGUCGGUCGUAUGGUGCUUGAUCGCAAUCCAAGCAACUACUUUGCUGAGGUUGAGCAAAUCGCUUUUGCUCCAUCGCACCUGGUUCCAGGUAUCGAGGCAUCCCCGGACAAGAUGUUGCAAGGUCGUCUCUUCUCUUACGCUGAUACGCACCGCCAUCGCCUCGGAGCAAACUAUCUUCAACUGCCGGUCAACUGCCCGUACCGCGUUGCCAUGAAGAACUAUCAGCGUGAUGGCCCGAUGAAUGUCACCGACAAUCAAGGAGGAGCCCCGAACUAUUAUCCCAACUCCUUCGCAGGACCGGAACCGUGCGGAUUUGCAAAUAAGCUCCAAAACUCCAAAUUCCACGUGUCCGGAGAUGUCAACCGGUUCGAGUCCGGCGAUACCGAGGACAAUUUCGCCCAGCCCGCCAUUUUCUACCGCCGCGUGCUGGAUGAAGCCGCCCGAGAGCGUAUGAUCACCAACAUGGUCAACCACAUGUCGGCCGCCUCGUCCUUUAUUCAGGAACGCGCCGUCAAGAAUUUCUCGCAAGUCGAUGCCGAUUUUGGACGUCGCUUGACCGAGGGUCUGAAGCUACGCCGUUCGGCCAAAAUGUAAAAGCACGAUUGACGAAGGUAAGCGACUAUUACAUUUCCUCUGAGAUAAGAUUUAUCUUUAUACAAUCACACACAUACAAGCAUAAGAUUUUUGCUCUUGGUUUCUUUGUAAUUCUUUAUAAGUGUACACGAAGGAGAAAUUUUGGAUGAUGUAUGGAGUAAGAUGGGCUAAUUAUUAAGUUUUUACAUGCUAUCGAAAGAAAUUUUAUAUAUAUAUAUUGUGGCGUCUAGUAUGCUUUCAGAUAUUAUUCUAAUAAAGUUUAACGAUUUCCUA